AGUCAGCAGUCUAGUCUGAGCUACGCUGCGACACAGGCGUAUAAUUCAAAAUCUUCGCGCUUGGAAACUGCUGUUUUAUAGUUUGCAUUAUGGGAACUCCAAAUGUGUCAGAUUCAAAACUCCUAUCUAAAAAACAAAAAUUGACUUUUUCUAAUGAUCAGGAUGAAGAACUCAUAGAAUUAGUGUCUAGUUAUGAGGUAUUGUGGAGAUUUAAGCAUCCCGAUUACAAGUGCCUCAUGAAAAAGGACCAACUAUGGGACAAAAUAGGGGGUUUACUGGAUAAAACAGGAGAGGAAUGCAAGAACAGAUGGAGGAACAUCAGGGACAACUAUAGACGUCACAAAAGAGACGAAGAAGAUACAGGCAAGCCGAACAAGAAGAAGAGAGCUACCUAUUGGGACCAUUUGACUUUUCUAGAAGACGCCGAUGAAGAAUGGAAAGGGUCUACGAUCAGCAACGAUACAACUCUGAUAGGAUACGUUUCCCUCUUCAGUGAAGAGGAUAAUGCUACUGAAAAUCCUCAACCUGAAGCCAUUGUGACUUUACCCCCAUCUGAGCCAAAUGAUUUUUAUAUGGAAACUGAAGACACCCCAUCCAAGUCUAAUGAUUUUUAUAUUGAAAAUGAAGACACUCCAUCCAAGUCUAAUGAUUUUUAUAUUGAAGUUGGUAAGAGGACUUCAGAUAAGUCUAUUGAGCAGUUGCAGAAAAAAGUGAAAGAGAAUGACGCCAUGACUGAAUUAUUGGAUUGUGGAGGGGAGGAGCGAAUCCAUUUUUUGAAAUGCUUACAACAGAUUCUUGAGCAACAUUCUAAGGAAGAAAAUGACAUUGACAUUUUUUUGAAAUCAGUAGGUUCAACAUUAAAAACAUUUUCUCCUGCAGAGAAAGCCGAGGCAAAGAAAAAGAUUUUUAAUAUUGUCAGUGAUAUGGAAAUCCGCCAUCACUCACUGGCGUCGACUCCGUAAGAUCAAAUUCAUAGAUUCCGAUUAUGAUAAUAUUGGUUUUCAGGAAUUACAAAUUUGACAGACUUUGAGUAUUGUAACUAUAACAGUUACUGUUAUCAACUAUGUUUAUUCACAAAUUUUGACGUAAAAAAUAAGUUACUUGUUAAGAUAAGUUACAUGGGAAAAGUGAUAACUUUCUCUAAUGUUCAAAGUAUUUAUAUAUUGUUUUGUACCUAUGAAACAAUUUCACAAAUAUAAAACUUGUAGUUCAGCCUU